AUGACUGACGCCUUCCUCGAGGUGGGUGAGAGGGUUGGGGAGAGGUGGGCGCGGGAGAGGGGAGUUGUGGGUGCGGGGAUAGGGCUGGGGGGUAGUUGGGAAGGGGCUGGGAGAUGGUUAGUCGUGGAGGGGGGUGGGGGUGGGGAUGGGGGAGGGGGGGGAGGGGGGGGGGGGGGGGGUGAGGGGGCAUGGAGAACGAAAGAGGGUGUUCCCGCGACGAGAUCGGACGGCUUCCUCGAGGUGCGGGAAAGGGGCGGGGAAGGGGUGGGCGUGGGGGAGGGGAGAUGUGGGGGCAGGGAGAGGGCUGGUGGCUGGGAGUGGGCUAGGAGAGGGGAGAGGGGGGGAACAAGAGGGGAGGGGGAGAGUAGGGAGAGGGGUGGAAGGCAUGGACAAAGAAAUCGGGUGCGUUCGCAACAAGAUUGCAGACGCAUUCCUCGAGUGUGUGAGGAGGACCAUAUACCAGCAGUAGCAGAUCGCAUGGUGCUGCGCAAGCUGGUUCCAACAGACCGCAUCAUGGUGCUGCGUAAGCUGGCGCAGGACAUGCGCGAGUGGAUACACCGGCGGGUGAGCCAUGGGAUAAGGGGUGAUUGUUAUGGGAUGGUGCCGGAUGUAGGGGCUCUCUCCUCUGCUCUUUGUCACCCCAUUCUUCCCCUAACCCUCCCCCCCUCCCCUUGCACGCCUCUUUCCAACGCCUCUUCCCCACUCCUCUCGCCCACACCACUCCACCACACCUACUCCCCACUCCCUCUCUCCUACCCCUCUCCCCCACGCCUUUCCCCCACGCAUUUUCCUCACCCCUCUCUCCCACCUCUUUCCCCCAUGCAUUUUCCUCACCCCCCUCUCCCCCCCCACCCCUUUCCCCCACGCAUUUUGCUCACCCCAUUCCCCCACCCACCCCCUUCCCCCACGCAUUUCUCUCACCCCUCUCCCCCACCUCUUUCCCCCAUGCAUUUUCCUCACCCCCCUCUCCCCCCCCCAUCCCUUUCCCCCUCGCAUUUUGCUCACCCCUUUCCCCCACCCACCCCUUUCCCCCACGCAAUUUCCUCACCCCUCUCCCCGUUCAAGAGGAUGCUGAUUUAA